UGAUUAUUUAUAAAUUGCUAAAAAUGCUCAUCUUGAGAUAAGCAUUCCACGUAAAAUCUGCAACAGCCAUAAAAUUUCAAUGCACAUUAAUCAGCGAUGUUUUCCUUUAUUAUUCUUUUUUUGUCAAUUUCUUCUUCAACAAAAGCCCUUUACGAGUUUGAUGCAUUUCAAUCAGACAUGAGUUUGGCUUAUGUGGAGGAAUCUCAACCUGGAGAAGAUUUUACGAUAGGAAAAGAAAUGGAACGUCAUGGAAUGAUUCCACAAGUCAUUUCGCAAGGUCCUCAUUUAUAUUGCAAAAUUUCAUUUACACGUUUGAAUGCGGAACCAGGAGGAUUUUAUUCUCGUUCACUUCUUCAAGAAUACCCUUCAUACGUAUAUUGGCAAAACAAAAGAAAGAAACUAUUCACGCUAAUUUUAACUGAGGUUUACAGUCCCGAUUUACUAGACAUGAAAAAUAACACUCAACGUCAGAAAUGGCUAGUCAGCAAUAUACCAGGAGGUGAAUGGAAGAACGGUACAAUCAUACUGGAAUACGAGAAACCCGGAAACUUGAAACUCCAAGAAUAUUAUACGUAUAUAUUGCAAGUUUUCAAUCAUGAAGAUCCAUUAGAUAUUAAAUUAGAAGAAAUAAAUAGCAAUAAAAAUGCAUCUCGAGUAUCAUUCACAAUACGAGAAUUCAUGGACAAAUACGACUUUAUUCGAGCACACGCCGGAAAUUAUUUUUACCUUUAUGAUGUAGUAGAUAAUUUUUAAGUUUUGAAUCACAACAGAGUAAAGUUAAGUAAUCUAAAUGAUAUCAUUGUGAGGGAAAAUUUGAUUUAGAAAAUGUUUAUCUAAACUAUUGAAGUAAAUAGUGUUGAUUACCAAAAAUUCGUAGAUAUGUACUUCAAGGAAGAUCAUUUUAUUCAUUUUGCAUCCAAUUCACAACUACUAAAAUCUGAUAGCUCAUAUUUCAAGACUAAUUUGAAUUUGAAGUAAAUCUGUCCACAAUUCACGGAGUUUCAAAGAAAUCAAGAUUCUGAAAAUCAUAUUCUUGAAAAUCGAGGUCUAGAAAAACAAGGCUCUUGAAAAUCAAGAUUCUGAAAAUCAAAAUCUUGAAAAUAAUGACUCUAAAAAUCAAGAUUCUUGAACAUCGAGGCCAUGAAACUUCAUUUUUUAAAAUCGUAGUCUUGAAAAUCAGGCUAAUGAAGAUACAUAUUUUAAAAAAUUUAAAUCUUUAAAAUCAGUAAUUUGAAAAUGUGGGUGUUAAAAAUCAGAAUCAUGGAGAUAGUAGUCUUGAAAAUCAGGGAAUUGAAAAUCAGGAUUCUUUGAAAUCCGAGUCUGACACAGGAUCUUGAAAAUUCAUGUUCUGAAAAUCAUUCCCUUGACAGUCGGGGUCCUAAAAAUCAAGAUUCAUUAAAAAAUGAGUGGAUAAAAAAUUCGAACUUUCAAAUUUUGGUUUCUUGAAAAUCAAGGUCUUGAAAUAAAAAUCAUAGCACAGUCCUGAGAAUUUGAAUAUUGAGUAUUAAGGUUCUUGAAAGUUGGGAUUUUGAAGAUCAGGAUCUUGAAAAGUGAGGUCUCAAAAACCAGAUCCCAAAAGGUGAAGGUUCUUUAAAAUUGGGGUGGGGGGGGGUUAAAAACUUAAUUCAAUGUUUUAAUUUAAGAUUGUCAGGAUUUUGAAAAUUGCUGUCUUCGAAAAUCAAGACUUGAAAUUAGAGUCUUGAAAAUCAAAAUCUCGUGAAUCAGGGUCCUCAAAGUCAGAGUUCUCGAAAAUUAGGUUUUUUUUGAAGGGGGAGGAGGGGUUGUGAUUUUAAUUACUAGAUUAGUACACUCUUCGAGAAAAGCUUUAUACGAGUUGAAAAUUAGAACCUUAAGAAUUGUUUUUUUUUUUUUUUUUUAAAGAGAUCCAAAAUCAACAAUUAAAAACUGAACUUUCAAUGUGAAAGUCCAACUUUUCAUAAUAAGAACAAAAAUAAGUUAUGUAUAGAAAACCAUUAACUAUACAGAAAUUUGGAAAAAUAUAGCAAAUUCAAACCAAAAAUGCUUUAGCUUAUUAGUUACUUGUAGAUUUUCUACGUCGGAAAAUCGAAAAUUUUCAAUUUUUCGAGAUGAGUGAAAGUGCAGUAUAGUAAAGAGUUGAAAUUCAAUGCUUAAAAUAAACCAUCAAUUUUCAAAGGAAAAUGUAAUUUUAUAAAAAAACACGAGCAGAUGAAAAAAUUACAAAAACUUUGAUUUUGAGGUGCUAAAAAUCGAGAGAAGUUUAAUUUUAUUAAUUAACAAUGCACAGAAAAGGUUUUUUCUCUACAAUAUUGGAUUAUGAUGCAGAUUUUUACCUUAACCUAGCUAUCCUCCCCGGCGUGCCUAGACCCUAUUCCAACUCCCCCUCCCCCCCGCAUAAGUACCCUUAAAAAUGGUCAAAAUACCAUAAAAUUGAAAAUCACACGUGUUACAUCUCUUAUAUUCGAGUUCUUGAAGGUGCUGAGUUCAAACAUCUACUUAAUUUUUGGGGGCGAUUUAAUAGAAAAUUCGCUCAAAAAUACAAGAAAAUUCGAAUAAAUUCUCAAACAAGCGAAACAUCAGGUUUUCAGGAUUUAUAAGGUACCUGGAUAAAUGUACGAGUACCUAGUUUCACUCAAAACAUGAUGAAAAGAUAACGAUUCAAUUCAUUACAAGGAUAGGUACCUCAUUACCUAGUAUAAUUUGAUAAAUAGUUACCGACUCGUACAUCGAGAUCAUUGAGCCUAUUUUCGUGCAACCAUAAAAAUUCUAGAGAAAAUUGAAAUCAAAUCAGAUAAGUUAGCCUGUAAGUACAUCAUUACUCGAUAAGACAUGUUAAUUAACUAAGUUAACAAAUCUUCGCUAGAAUGUUACAUAGUACCUAGACGAAUUCAGAUUAAAGCCAUGUUUAUAACAUAAAAUACGAUUUAUAUUCCAAGAACAAACAUCAUGCAUUAUUCGUUUAUUUCCACAUUUUUUGUAUUCCUCAUUUCAAUAUUAAAUUUGAUCAACUCAAUUCAUACCAAAAAUGUCGAUUCAGUUAUCGCCAAUUCUACACCGGAUAGCUUUUCAUCUUCGUGGGACGUUCAAUUUAGGAUGAAGAAAUUGGGCAUUGUUCCUCAUAUCAUUCCAGAACCUCCGCAAACGAUUGUAGAUAUAGCUUUCAAGUACUACUUCAGUUCUGUAUAUUUACAAAACAAAGGCGAUGAUACGAUUCCUCAACAUAAACUUUCCAAGCUACCAACAAUACAUUGGAUGGAUUGUGAUCCUCAAAAAUAUUACACUUUAUUUAUGACAUUUAUAAACACCAGGUCUGCUUUAUUAUACUUGUGGAAAAAUUGCGAUCCUGAAGAGCAACGUGAACGAGCUGUGAAAAUGAUGAUGAACAGUUCGGAAGACUGUGCCAAGCAUUUGUUACCUAUGAUGGACGAGUCUCAGCUCGAAGACGUUAUUCAACGAGUUGGCUCUUGUAUAAUGAGGGCUUUGUCGAGAUCAGCCGCAGAUACGAACUACGUCCUACAAAUGUGGGAGUUCAUGAAAGACAGAGUCCACGGUGAGAAUUUCGUCGACAUAUUUGAUGAAAUUGGGAAAUUAAAUUCAACCCAUGUCCAUGUACCAGCUCUUCUUUACGAUAUUUGGCGCAACGCUACGGAUGAAUUGCGAAACUUCGCCGUUGAAAAGUAUCUGGAUGGAAUCAUGCAUUUGUUUUACGAUAAGGAUCAUCUUCCUUUGAAGAAUCUGCCUCGAGAUACCAGAUUAAUCUACGAGUUACUUUCUUACAAAAGUCUCGAGGAAAGGAAUCGAUUCUGGUGUGAAGAAUGGUACGACCUGAUCAUAGGCGUUCGUUCGGCUGAUUUGGUUAAAUUGAUGAAAUUAUGCUUCGAAAACGACGAAGCGAUCGCUGCCUUCAAGAAGAUAAAUUUCAUCGAUUAUUCUAGAAUCCAGUAUUAUUGCGAAUUGCUCCUUUCGAAAGGAUUCUUCGACGAAUUGAACGAAUUCCUGAACUUCUGCUCGUCCGAUCGAAACGUCGUGGCUGGUCUUAAGAAGAAAAUCCUCUGGUCCGAAAAAUUCGUCAAGUUUUACAUCAACUAUUUCGAAGACACGAUGAAAAUGAGUUCGUUUAACGAGUUCGUCAAAGAUAUGCAGCCCUUAUCGCGUAAUCGAAUCAAUUUACCGGGUCAAAUCGUCAUUUCUUACUGGAAUAAUGGCUACUUACGUCAAAUCACCAACGGCCGGAACCUACUCGCUGUUAAGAAUCUCAUAUGCUUAUUUUUAACCCGUGAAAACGACAUGAAAAAGGCGAAGAAAAGCUUCAAGCAAAUCUGCCAUCGUAUUCUAAGCACCGGAAAGUUCAAACAAUUCGACGCAAACGAAUGGAACGAAGUUUUAUUAUGGUGUAUGAACAACGAUAAACUUCAGUUAGACAAGUUCAAAGAAACUAUACCUAUUCACGACGUUUUACCAGUCUUGUUGGCAAGAUGGUUCGAAACCGUCGAUGAUUCGUUAUCAAAUCAUCCUCGUUUCGAUCCGGAAGAUUUUAUGAACGAAGGCAUCUACGAAUAUUAUGAAAAUAAAUCCAUCGAGACCGACGAUUCCGACGAUACUAUCGUCGAACAGAAUGGCCUACUUGAUAAUCGAAACGAUUUUCGUGCUAGAUCGAUGAAGAAUGACUUUGACGAUGAAGAUGUGAAUGCGAAUAAUAAAGUUAUAUAUGACGAUAACGACGACGACGUAGACGAUCACGAUAUCGAUGGAUGCAGUCGAACUUGCGCUUUGGAUCAAUACGACAUGCUGGAUAAUUUUUUAACCUGGUAUUGCUCUGGUAAUGAGAUGAAAAUCAAGCAGCUGAAAAUGUCGCAGAUUCAGAAGUAUAAUGUGGCUCCUCUGAAUAAUGUGCUGAAUUCGUGUAACGCGCGUCUCAUCAAAAUUGUAUUGGACUGGCUUUUUGACGGUGAUAAUAUGAAAAUCGAGAAGUACAAGACUGCUUUGAGUUACAAGCUUUGACUUAUAUACCUAUUUACCUAUAAGUACGUACUUAAUUUCGCGAACUGAUAUUUUAUUUUGUUUUUUUUUGUUUUUAUUUACUUAAAUCAUGUUUUGUUUUGAUCAUAAUUUACAUAAGUUAAUUUUUAUGGUGAUUAGAUGUUUUAAAGAAGGUUUACGUUUUGGUCGUACUGGAUGAGUAAUCAAAUUUUGUUGUGCAUUUAUUUACCUAGGUAUAGACUAUUUGUUCUUGAGAGAAAAUACACCUAUAUCUAGAUGAACACAGAACAUUGAUAAUUUGGUAUUGCGAUUUUUUAUUUUUAUUCGUGUGCAUAUUUUUUUACGAAUUAGGAAUUGGUUCCUAAAAUGAGGAAAUAAUCGUUUCAUUAAUAUUAUGAUUCGUAAUGAAAGAUUUAUAUGUAUUAGACAAAAUUCGACCAGCUGAUGCCUGAUUAUGAUUUCUACCACUGUCCAAUUUUUUUAAAUGUCAUGUAAAGUAUGAUGCUUGAAAAUUAAAAAAAAAAAUUAUAACAAGUAUUUGAUACA